AGGAGGUGGGUAGUGAGGGAUUAUUCCGUGCGGAGUAGGGCGGGAGGACAGCAGGACCCUGGAGGGACCCGGGUAGCGCGGACCACUGGCGGAUCUUCAGGGUGAGAGUUGGAAUUGGUGAGGAGGAGCAAUGGCUUUGAAGAAAGGUCUUGAGAUGUGGUUCGGUGAUUCACCCACGUGGUCCAGAAGCCCUUUGAUUGCCAGGCAUGGACCGGGACUUGCGGAUGUGACUCAGUAUGAUCAGUGGUUGGCUGUGCGGCAUGAGGCCAGCCUAGUGCCAAUGCAGGAAGACCUGUCCAUCUGGUUAAGUGGGAUGCUUGGGAAGGAGGUGCGAGCAGAGAACUUUAUGGCUGAGUUGGAUAAUGGAGUCGUGCUCUGUAAACUGAUUGGUAUUCUUCAACAGAAAGUAAAGGAAUGUGGGAAUCGAGAGUAUCAACAGCACUUUACAAUGAGGAAAGUUCCAUGUAAAACUGAUGCUCCAUCUGGUUCAUUUUUUGCUCGUGACAAUACUGCUAAUUUCCUUUCGUGGUGCAGAGCAGUUGGUGUUGACGAGACUUACCUGUUUGAGUCUGAGGGCUUGGUUUUGCACAAACAGCCGAGGCAAGUGUGCCUGUGUCUACUUGAAAUUGGGCGAAUCGUCUCUCGCUAUGGCGUGGAACCUCCUGUUUUAGUAAAACUGGAAAAGGAAAUUGAACUUGAGGAAACUCUGUUGACCACCUCUGAACAUCUCAUUCCUGUUGAAAGUACAAAGCCAUGUUGUCAGAACAAAGAGCUUCACCAAGCUGUAAAGAUCAUUGCUGCUGAUCCUCCAUGCAAAUGUUCACAUCGUUUCUCCAUUGAGUUUUUAUCCGAAGGGCGCUAUCGGCUGGGAGGGAAGAUUCUUUUUAUCCGAAUGUUACAUGGUAAACAUGUGAUGGUGCGUGUGGGAGGAGGCUGGGACACACUCCAGGGCUUUCUUCUGAAGCAUGACCCCUGCCGAGUGUUGCACUUCACCAUGUUGGAGGAGAGGAUUAUGGCUUUUGAGAAGGGCGUCUCUCAUGAUUCCGGCAACACCCCGAACUUGCUGGCAAAGUCCUCCAAACAGCCUCCAACCAUGAACCUUCCACCUGGUAUCAAGAUGCCACAACCCCUGGCUGCACGCCCUGGGUCUCCCUGCAUGCCAUCUUGGCCCAUGUCCAAAGUUGCCAGUGCCCACUGCAGGUGCCCAUCCUCACCAGUGUUGCCAUCUAAAUCGGGGUCCCGUCCAGCAUCUGCCGAAAGCGGGCAUUCAUCUCGUGCGGUGCCAGCCUCAUCCUCCAGAGGCGCCAAAUGUCCUGCAGCAGGAUCUCAGCUGUCCCCUCGGCCUCCACAAUCUCCAGCCAGUCAACCGAAAGGCAUGGCGCAACCCGGGAGGAGCAAGGAAGUACAGCCCUCUGCCAAACUUCACAGAACCCCCUCAAAGGCUCCUGGUGGCCACCUUCAAAGCUGUUCAGGCAAAUGUUUGCCAGAUCCCGACACCGGCCCUAAGUUGACCUCCAAAGUCCCUGUCAAGUCUGCUCUGGUUUCCUCCACACCAGUGGCACCUGGCUCUCUGCAGACCCCAGGGAAACGCACCCAGCCCACUGGUCUCACAUCGCCGUCUGCCUCCAAGAGGCCACUAACUCCAGCCAGAGGCCCUGUCCCAGGCUCCAUGCCGAUCCCCCGUGCGCUGGACUUCGCACAGAGGAACCUGGCCAGCACAACCAUGGACUCUCCUCGCACUGAGAAGAAUCGGAAGGCGUCAGCGAAGACCCCUUCGUCAAACAGUAAGAAGACACCAUGCAACCCUACUCCUGCCCCACGGACUCCAUUGGCUGUUGUCAAACUACCACAGUCCAAGGUGGUGACCCCACAGUCUCCACGGAUACAGUCUCCUGUAACCAAGCCCACUCCCAAGGUGGUGAAGGGUGAAUCAUGUCUGGGGAAACAGCCUCAGUCAAACAAAAAGAGCGCAUCGGUGGUCUCGUCCACUCCAUUAAGGAACCUGGCUGCAAAAUGCUGAAGGGCAGGUGUUGACUUUACCAUUAGUAGAAGUGACACACACAAAAUAAUAAUACAAAUAGCUUCUUGGUGGGGUUGGUGCUGCUUUUGUAAGUAUGAAUUCUGUUUGUGUUGAGAUCUGCUGUAGUCGCAACAUUGUACAGUCAGUGGAGCAUGAACCUUUGUUCUCUAUCUCUAGGGUUUCCUCCCAUGUUUCCCCUGUCCUAUCUCCUGUUCCAACGUAUUUUUGACAAUGUAAUUUGCUCAUUCAGUUUUGUAUUAUAAUGAAACCCAGUCGCUCUUUUCUGUUUGGCCUAAACCAUCCCCAAUUUUGGUGAGAAGUCCUCAACUUGGAGAGUGAGGGAGAUACUGGCAGAAAUAUGAUCAACUGCUGGAAUGCAAGUUCCCCAAUAUUCUUCAAUCUGACCUUAUUGGUGAGGUGUGUGACAAAUUCAGCAGUGUCCUCGCCCCCACCACAUGCCCACAGUUUUGAAUCAGACAACUCCUUUCCAUUUGUCUGGUUUAUCUUGAGCUCAUGGCUGAAUUUCUAAUACAGAGAGGGGUUGGCUCUUCAUCUGUAGGAUUCCAUUUUCAUCCAAUUUUCCCGCUCUUUCAACACCUGCUUUUAUAUUUGUCCAAGUCCUUUUCUAAUUCCCCAUGAACUUGUAUCUGUGGCCGAACAAUCCCCAAUCAAGUUGAACUGGACAGUUUUUGAAUAUUGAUUCACAUCAAUUCCCAUUGCACAAGAAGGUUCACUCUUUUUUUUUGAUUGAUUUGGCCCACGUAGCUGUGAGACAAUAUGAAUUUGACUAGAUCCCAGCAUUACACACAAGCAAAGGACAAUCCAAUUAGUUGGGAUAUUCCUCUUGUGCCCAUUUGUUAAAGCCUUGCUUCCUAUAUGGUUUUGCAUACUUUUGUCUACUUUGCUCUAAUUUAUUUGACUGGAUUUUUCUGGGGGGUUGUAAUCGACUUGAGUUGGGAGUGUAAAUGGGAUAGUCUGUGGUCCUGCUUCCUCCUUGCUCUGCAUUUGAGCACCUCCCAUUCCUCUCUGAUGGAAAGCCACGUGAGUGGAUGUUGAGAUUGAUGUCAAGAUGCCUUUGAAACCUCCCUAAUCUGGUCUAUUGUGAGAUGGAAGGCUCACCUGAGCAAGAUGGCUGAGGCUAAUGGCACUGAGGGCAGUCAAGCACAAGUGGUGAAUAAGACAAAGUGAGAAAUUGCUAAAUGAGUGCAGUUCGUGAAUGUAAGAAAUUUAUCCAUCUUAUCCACUGUUUCUCUGCAGAAAAUGAUUUGUAUUUCAUGGCCAUGACUAGCUUUCCUGGUCAAAUUUACUCUUAAUUGCUAGAUGCACUUCUGAAUGUAGCUAUGAUAUUAUGACCAAUCCAAACUACUUCACUCCUGAAAUGUCUCCGUUCCCUGAUCGUUGUAGUUAUAACACUGUGUAUUUAAUUCCAUUUUAUUUGAUUCACUGACCUGAUGGAUGCUUAAAGUAUAAUUUUGGUGAAAAAAAACACUGACUUUUUAAAAAUGUUAAAGAAUUGCUGAAAAAACCGACUUUGUUUAGAAAAAAGCUGUAAGCUUUUCAUCUUACACAUGUCAGGACAAUUCACAAGAAAUACAAAAGAAAAGUAAAGGGAAACCAACAUUUGUCCUGGUGGGGAGUUGAUUUGGUAGAGGGACUACCCUAUGUCAACUCAACAGAGUGCAUAACAGCCAUUCACUGAUUCAUUUCGAAGGGAAAUAUCUUGAACUAAUUAGAAUCAUCUCUAAGUUCUAAGCAAAAAAAAGUUUGGCAGUUAAUGGUCAAUCAUCAUUGACUGAUGCAUUUGUCACAGCAACACCCCUGUGCAUCAGUCCACUUGAAUACCAUUUAGCACUCCUCUCAUGUCAU